AUGCCUUACCUUCCCCCGCGCGAUUCCACAGCUUCCGCCGAUGUUUCCCCGCGGGAUACCGCUUCGAAAGCGUCUCCCUCCGCUACCUGUACCCCGUCGACACCCCCAACAAGCGCCGAGAGUGCCUCUGGACCAAACGAAAUAGACUACUCGCAGCUGCCGUCCGAUUUGGACCCGAGCCGCCUGCCGAGACACGUGGCAAUCAUCCUUGAUGGGAACUCGCGGUGGGCGACGCGCAAGGGGAUGCCUAGGAUGCUGGGGCACCUGGGGGGAGUGAAUGCGCUGAGCGACGCUGUGCGACGAUGCAGCGACUGGGGCAUUCGCGCGCUCACCGUGUUCGCAUUCUCCACCGAGAAUUGGAACCGGCCCGAGGCGGAGGUUAAUUUUUUAAUGUCGAUGAUGAGCAGGCUGUUGGUUGAGAAGCUGGAUGAGCUGCACAGUCAAGGAGCAGUGCGGGUAGCAGAGCGAGUGGCAGCUGGCGAGCUCCAGCCUGAGCAGAUCUCAGAGUCUCUAGUAAGCGAAGAGCUUUCAACAAGCUGGCUCGGACCGGACCUGGCUAACCCUGACCUGCUGAUUAGGACGAGUGGGGAGCUGCGGCUGAGCAACUUUCUGCUGUGGCAGUCGGCUUACACGGAGCUCUACUUCUGUGACACUCUCUGGCCCGACUUUGGGGCGCCCCACCUGCAUGCGGCGCUCCUUGACUACCAGCGACGAGACAGGCGCUUCGGUAGGCGCAAGGAGUCUGGCUAG